AUGUCCACGUCAGUCGCCUGCUUUCAGAGGCUGAAACAGGUCGUUCAUAACGCCCGUCCCUCCGUGCAGAGGAAAGAGGUUUUGUUGCGUGUAAAUUGUACUCGUAAAACUUACUCGCGAAGUGUACACGAUAAAAACCUAGUGAUUAAAAAAAAUAAGGGAAUCAAAAAAAGUGUUUUAAAUGUAAACGUGCUGUGAAUUUCGUGUGGAUUUUUUUUCUGUGUCUGUGGUUGGAAAGUGAAGUAGAGACGUCUUACUCUACUUUGAGAUUGAACGUUUGAGAAACUAAAUUGUUUACAUACAAGCAGAGUCUUUUGAGAACUAUGAAGUUGUUAUUCUCCAAUGAAAAAUAAAAAGAACACAUAUGCGUCCAGUGAAGAUCACCAGUCAGGAAUGCAACAAGACGGAGAAAUGACCAACACCAUAGCAAAAUGGCUCACAAAUGUUGGCAGACAUGGCUGAAUAUCGUGCUCCUACUCCUCACCACAACUGCAGCUGACUUCACCACGGAAUGCCAAAGGCCUUGCGACUGUCGGUGGCAGUCUGGUAACAAAGCUGCAAUUUGUGCCAACUCAAGCCUCAAGCUCAUACCGGCAAACCUCAGCAGCGAUAUCCAAAUACUCGACCUAUCAAACAACAACCUACUACAGUUGCACCAAGAAGCGUUCAAAAGAGUACGCCUAAGUAAUCUGAAAAAACUUUUCCUCAGAGACUGUAAUAUCGAAGUUGUACACAAAGCAGCUUUCAUCACGCUAGCAAUUAUGAUAGAACUAGAUCUAUCCAAAAACAGAAUAAGACACUUACAUCCAGAAACGUUUAAAGGAACCGAGAAGCUAAGGUUAAUAAAUUUGAGUAAUAAUCUAAUAGAUAAGCUCGAAGACGGUCUGUUCCGCAAUUUGAAGUACCUUCAGAAAGUCGAAUUGAGCAAUAACAGGAUUGUAAGGAUAGCAACGAAAGCGUUCGCUAACUUACCCCAGUUAAAGAUAUUGAGAAUCGAUGGGAAUAAUUUGAGUCACAUGAAACCGGAAACUUUGAUGGCGCUCAGAAACUUGUCAGGAUUGGAUCUACACAACAAUCCGUGGAGAUGCGAUUGCAACUUACAGACUUUUAGAGAUUGGGUGAUCAGCCAUAACUUGUACACUCCACCCACCUCCUGCGCAGAACCUCCUUCGAUUCGUUCCAAACUUUGGAACGAAUUAGACUCUUCAAACUUCGCCUGUCGGCCUACUAUAUUGGAGCCUUUACCAGACUCAACUAUCAAAAGUUAUGAGGAGAACGUGACACUCAUUUGUAAAGUAGUCGGAAACCCUACACCAGAAGUUGUUUGGAGGUUUAAUGGCAAAACAAUUGAGUUGAGGUCGUUCGGAGAAAUAAGAUAUACUGUUACAGAAAACACGAUGGAUUUAAUAAGAUGGGUGAACUUGACGAUUCUACAUUCAAGGUAUACUGAUAGGGGAAAUUAUACAUGUGUUGCUGAGAAUCCUGGUGGUAGAGAUGAGAAGACUUUAACGCUUGUUCUGUCAAAAUAUGGAGGGUCUGGUACUAUAGCUGGUAUGGAUGCAGAUUCCUUUGCGAUUCUAGUAGGUUGUUUGACAUCUGUCGUGAUUAUUUUUGGGGCUGUAUUCGCCGUUUGUUACUUCACGACGCAGAAUACGGAAUUGAAAAGGCUGAUCAAGACAGAUACCCGGUCCUCUAACGGGGAAGCGUUAAUAGAAGGCUCAGUCGCCUCUGAAGCUGAAAAAGGCUGCAAGAUGGAUGUUAAUCCCAUCACUAAGCCUCCCAGGAAGUACGAAGCACCGACGCUUACGGCUGGCACAGAAAUGUCGGAGCUUAACAAGACAUUACUGGAUAAUGACUCCGUUUUAGCGUCAACCGAAGAUCACAACCGUCAAGAAAAAGAACUACCAAAGAUGCCGAAAGAGAUUCUCCUAGAUCGACUAUCACAAGAUUCUCAAGCAUAUCCACCAGAUUUACUAUCAUUUCCUCUACGAGCUACUACGCAGAUUUCACCCGCUGGGGGCAUAGAGAGACCCCAAGCAUCCCAUAAUAUAGAAAGUCCAAAAUCACCAACAUACGGGGUAGCUUCAAUAAAUUCAGCACUAUACAAUAGAUUGCAAAAUUACCAAGAAAUUCCUCUCAACACAAAAGGCUACGUAACUUUACCUAGACGACCUAGAUUAAGCUACCAGGAAAACAGCCUAAAACCUCAGGUAUUUUCAACUUUAAACGGCGUCAUACCAUACUAUGAUAACUUCAACAUGAAACUCUUUGGCCACAAUAACUAUUAUAGUCUAAAUAAAAGUGAAAUGGAUCUAGGUCCUAUUAAUAAGUUAGGAUACCUGGAUGCGUCUGAUGAUAUAGAACCAGCACCGUCUCCAGCACCAGGAACUCCACACGCUACGAUCCCAAGGAACAGUCUCAGUUCCCCAAAUAUCCACAACCAGUUGCUCAUGCUGCAAGCUAUGUCUAACUCACGAAAGUCUUCCGAUCAUAGGCCUUUGAAAAUAACGGUGACGGAAAGCGAAAGCCUUUUAAAUUCGUCAAGGGAUUCGAAAGUAGGGUACAAUAGUGUAACAAAGCCCCGACUGAAUCCUGUCCCCAAACCGAGGAAAAGAAAUUCCGGGGACAUACCCAUAAAGGAAACGUUUCUGAAUACGAUUGAGAACGCCACUCAAGUGUAAAAAUUUCUGUUGUAGGUAUAAAUUUAGAAAUACGUGUACGUAUUGGAUAUAUUGACGAAGCGUUAACUUUUGUGUGGGUGAUGUUUGAGAAAUUAUCAGUGCAGAUAAAUAAUUUUAUUUUCUCAAUCAUAAUUUUGUACUAUUAAGAUAAUAUUUAUUAUGUUUCUACAGAAAAUAAGACGUUUGAUAUAACUUCACGAAAUAAAUACAUAUUAAUAUUAAAGGCAUGUCCACACUAUAGGUAACUUUUAUACCAUACGACUUAGAAAUCAAGUUCAUGGAUCGCCAGAACUACAGAAAUUCUGAACUAUAUGUACUUAUAAGGGCUCCUUAAGAUUACAAGCACUUCUUACAAGACACCAUAGUAUAAUUAUUAUUUAUGGCAUUGAUUUUGUAAAUUAUUGUCACCGUGGUUAGAUUUACUUUGGACAUAAAAUUGAAUUCCAAUUAUUAUUAGAGUAGGUUAGAGUUUUGACUAUCAGUUUGGUUCCAAAGUUAUUGAGCGUUGUCCUUGUCCAGCCUUGAGGGUGUGCUUAUACUGAUAGGAGUUCUUCAUAACUGAUAGGAGUCCUACAAAGAACUUUUUAUAGUGUGAAGGAGCCCUAACUUUGCGUGAAUAAACUACAAUAAUAUAGUCUCACCCUAAAUGAUAUGAGCAAUCAUUCUAAUUGUUAGAUUGUAUAUUAUGUAUAUUAAUAAAUUAACUAAUUGAGAAUAAAGCCGUAAUUAUUAUCAUUCCAAUGUUGGUGCUUAUGAAAAUAAUAAAGGUGAAGACAGACUGGUGACAUGUAUGCAACGUAUCGUUUAGCUACGUACUUUUGUGCCAGACUCACACGUUUUAUUUAAAGUAAAACUUUUUCACUUGAAAUAGCUGUAAAACACAACAGCUGCAGCUGUUGCGAUGAUUUUGAAAAUGGAAUCAGUUUGAAUAAGUUGGAAUUUUCAAAAUGUGUAAAUUCCAAGAUGACUAACUUGUUUUUACCUACGGCAAAGCCAAAAGGAAGGGUUAUGAUUAUAGCAGUCUAUGUAUGUAUUUAACUAUCAUACCUUAUCUGCCUCAAAGUGAAAGAAGUUUUGCUUCAACCGCGCGGAAAGGUUACAAGCUCUCAAUGUUUUAUUGGCUUUAAGAUCUAGAAAUGCAAUAGUCUGUGAGUUUCGAUUGAAGUGAAGACGAGCGUAGUGGAGUGGAGUGGAGUGCAAACAUGUGCGAGAAAACAUUGGUCGAACCAAUCACCUAUGCGUUUGUACACAGCUUCGCUAAGAAUACCGUACGAAAGGUUGCGUUGCAUACGUUGUGUAGGUGUCCUAAGUUAGUCUGUCCUUACCUUAAUGAAUUGCAUUAUUAGUAUAAUACAGGCCUUGUUUGAUAAUCUCGUUGCCGCCAAAAUGGAUUUAAUUAAAUGGCUAAUGCACAUCUAGCGAAAGCUGAUUAAAUUAAAUUAUUAUUUUGUUUUCAUAAAAACAGAUUAUGGGAAAAUUCCCGCAGGUUCGCGAACGUUAAAAUAACUCUGCAAAUAAGCACAAUAAGAACUUAGGUGAAAAUAAAACAAAAAGUAUUUUUAUUUUAUAUUUUUUCAUUUUA